AUGGCAGCUCUGCUCAGCACGUUUUUUAGUCGCGUGCACGCGCUGCUUCCCGACAGUUCUCAUCCGGCUGCGAAGCAGAAAACGCCGUUUGGGAUUAACCGAUAUAUUUUACUGGUGAUUUACAUGAUCUAUGCAGUGCUCACGUCGUCAGUUUAUUUCGGAUGGCGUAGCAUGAGUGCGAUGCUGUUCAAGUCCGGGCAGUUCGCGUGGGUAUGCACUGGAGAAAGCGCGGACACAUCCCCAGAAGAGGGAGAGACCGAUUAUCUGUGUGCGCUGCAAGACACCAAAGUGCAGUCUUUGUUCACAAUUGCCAUGGCGUGUCAUUUUACGUGCAGCGCGGUAGCGGGGUAUUUGCUUGACACCGUGGGCCCGAAGGUUGUUGCUUUGCUGGGUCAGACGUUAAAUGCCUUGGCAUGGAUUCUCCUUGCCUUCUCAGGGCCGAACUUCCGAUCUGUAUAUGCAGCAUUUGUCUUCAUGGGAGCUGGUGCGGAUGUCAGCGUAUAUCCGACACUCUUGAUCUCUUCUCUGUUCCCCGGUUCAACGGCUUUUAUCAUGGCCGUGCUAGGUGCGUGUAUUUCCACCAGUUUCUUCGUUCCGCUGAUCCUGCGUACCAUUUGGGAUUCCACUGAUGUCUCCUUCGAAGCAGUAUGCAUUGGAUAUGCUGUCGCGGGGCCCAUUUUAUGUGCCGUCGCUGCGGUGUUUUUUAUUCCAUUGAAGUCUUUCAAGGGGGUGGACCAGUUCUCAGCCUAUGUUGCGGCAGAGAAGCUGGCAAAUACCCCAACAGAUCUGUCUUCCCCGAAGGCGGAAGAUGGGCUGUGGCAGCAAGCGACGGCCGUCGGGGAUAGCCAAAUGUGUGGUGAAGGUGAAAGUUGUGAUGGCCGCGUCGCUGGAUCUCAGCACACUGCGGGAACCGCAACGACCGAUGAGUGUGGAAAGCAUAGCUCACACGGGGUUGCGUUUUCCGAUUUGUCCAACGACCCUCGCCUUAAGAAACAGGAAGUUUCUUUCACGUCGCAGGCGUUCACCUUUUUGUACUUCGGCAUCUGUCUGUAUUUCACCGUAUGCGGCUGGGUGAUGGCGUACUACCAAGAAGCCGCUGGUCGAUUUUUGUCCAAGGACGCGGAGUAUGCGCUUGAAAUUUUGACACCGCUCUCGACGAUUCCUUGUCUCAUCUUCGGGGUUGUGAUCAAUCGAAUCGGCAUAAUGCCCGUCAUUUUACUUAUUAACACCAUCGGCUUGCUGACGUAUGUUUGCGUGGCGGCGGCGGAGCACGUGGUGGCCCAGUACUUCUCGGUCAUCUUUUUUUUCAUGUACAUUUCGAUUUUCACAACCCAGAUGUACGUUUUUGUCGAGUCGACGUUUGAUUCGGCGCACUUCGGCAAGCUGAUUGGCGUGGCGAGCCUAAUCGGAGGAUUGAUGUCGUUGAUCAGCAACGUCCUGUACGGGAAUGUUACUGUCGGUAUGCUAAACGGUGACACUGGACCAGUCGUUAUCGUGCUACUCCUCGUCAUUGUUCUGAUGUACCCCUUGUUGCUCACCAUGAGGAGCAAGCAGAACGCGAAGAAAAAGGUGGAGCAAGACGACAUCCGCAAUCGCGUGCUAGAACUCAAAGCAGCGCAAGCUGCUGAUGUAGCAUGA